GCCGAAAAAGUGGUAAAACCGGCGUAGUAACUAUACAACAACCCAAAAUGACGGGCAAGGGACACGCUUAGCAAUCCUUCUUCCGCGUAAGCAAUCCACGUGCGUGAGCUUUUGAGUGCGAGUACCUAAAUGAGCAGCAGCGGAUUCAAUUUCACCAGCUUCUACGCCACCUGGUUCGACCAACUCCACCGCCUCGUCGACCAGCUCUCCUCCACCGCCAAAGACAACCACAACUCCUCCUCUGCCGCCGACCAUCUUGCUCGUCUCGUCCAAACCGUCAUGUCCCACUACUGUGAUUACUACCGGGUCAAGUCCAUGGCUGCCGAGCGCGACCCUCUCUCCGUCUUCUCCGCACCCUGGGCCACCUCAUUGGAACGAUCCCUUCACUGGAUCGCUGGAUGGCGUCCCACUACCACUUUUCAUCUCAUCUACUCUGAAUCCUCCAUCCUCUUUGAAUCUCGCAUCGUCGAUAUUCUUCGCGGUCUUCAUACUGGCGACCUCGGUGACCUCUCUCCCUCUCAGAUUCGUCGCGUUAGUGAACUCCAAUGUGAAACGGUGGAGGAGGAAAAUGCCAUAACGGAAGAGCUAUCGGAGUGGCAGGACGACGUUAGUGAACUCAUGGGAACUAGAACGGAGGUCACCGGAAGGUUUGAAGAUCUCGUCAACAUUAUAAAAAAAGCCGACGCGCUCCGCCUUAGGACGGUCCAGAAAGUGGUGGAGCUUCUCACCCCCAAGCAGGCCGUCGAGUUCUUCAUCGCGGCCGCCGAACUCCAAUUCGGGGUUCGGGGAUGGGGACUAGAUCAAGACCGUCAACGUGGGAACGACCGAGACCAUUAAAAAUUUAACAAGUUUAGUCACUAUAAUUAUGUGCGCAAACUAUUUUGGUAUAUGAGUUCUUUUUUAAAAAGAAAAAUUGACUAAUAAUUUUGGAGUUAUGUAUUCGGUAAGUUUUUGACGUAUUUAAAAUUUUCUAAUUUAAAAAAUUUACAUAUUGUUCGAAUCCGAUAUAAAAUUAAAUUUCUUAUCAUUGAUCAUAUAGGUGAAAAUUGGCAAGUGUAGAUUUUUAACGUUUUUCUUUUUAUGUUUGAACUACAAUAUAAUUAUUAGGUCGUUUUUGUUCAGUAUAUUAAA